UGUGGUAGGUCCACCCCUGCUGCUACAGAGCGGUUCUCAAAGCGGCUCACUUCACCCACAACAUUAGAGCCGCUGAGAAAGAGGGCGCGAGCAACACUAACGUUAAGCAGAGGCGAGGACAACCACAGAGAGGAGAAAGAAGCGCUUUGGAAACGCCAAGUGACCCGGUUCUGCAACAACAGAGGAAAUAACCAGGAGACUGUGGUGUAUCUCUUAUCUUCCUGCCGACUGUAUCCUGCAGCACGUGGGGGUGUAUGGUCACUCCAUCUGGCGGAGGGGGUGCGCGCACGUCAAAGCGCGCUCUCAAACCGGGCUGAAAACGUAGCUCUGAGAACACUGAACACACACAUAUAAAACCUGUGCAGCAUGGAGCCUGACCAGUCAGAGAUGAGCAUCCUGGCCAACGGGAAAGGUCACGACUUCGGAGAUGAGAUGAAUGUGCCAGUGAAGGCGCUGAUGGAGGAUGACCAAAAUGGUACUCAGAACAGAUUUGAUGAUCCAGAGGGGAACUUAGCCGAGAAUGUGGAGUUCCUCCCCAAUGGCGAGGGCAAGAAGCCACGUUUCACUGAUUUCGAAGGAAAGACGUCUUUUGGCAUGUCUGUCUUCAAUCUCGGCAAUGCCAUUAUGGGCAGCGGAAUUCUGGGCUUGGCAUAUGCCAUGUCCAACACUGGCAUUCUCCUGUUUUUGUUCCUCCUCACAGCGGUUGCUGCCCUAUCGGCUUACUCCAUUCACCUCUUGCUAAAAGCCUCUGGUAUUGUGGGAAUCAGAGCCUACGAGCAGCUGGGUUACCGGGCCUUUGGAACACCUGGCAAAAUGGCAGCUGGAAUUGCUAUCACACUGCAGAACAUUGGAGCUAUGUCCAGCUACUUGUUCAUCGUUAAGUCAGAGUUUCCUCUGGUCAUCCAGGCCUUCCUGAAGGCAGACAGCAACCAUGGAGAAUGGUAUUUGAAUGGCAACUAUUUGGUGGUUCUGGUCACCCUCUCUGUGAUUCUGCCGCUGGCCCUAAUGAAACAGCUUGGUUACCUUGGUUACGCCAGUGGCUUCUCUCUCAGUUGCAUGGUCUUCUUCCUCAGUGCGGUCAUCUAUAAGAAGUUCCAGAUCUCCUGUCCAUUUGAAGAGUUCUCAGCCAAUAGCACGGCGAUACACCUGCACUCGAACGUCUCCGCAUUUACUGACCUCGCCCACAGUUACGACAAUGGACACUUGGUGGACGAAGACCACUGCUCUCCUCGUAUGUUCACCAUCAACUCUCAGACGGCAUACACCAUCCCCAUUCUGGCCUUUGCCUUUGUCUGUCACCCUGAAGUGCUGCCAAUCUACACUGAGCUGCGCAACCCCUCUCAAAAGAAAAUGCAGCAGGUCUCCAACAUCUCCAUUUUAAUUAUGUACACCAUGUACUUCCUCGCUGCCCUCUUUGGGUAUCUGACAUUCAAAGAAAAUGUGGAGGCUGAGCUGCUGCACACCUACAGCCGCAUUGACCCCUAUGACACUCUGAUCCUCUGUGUGCGAUUGGCUGUGCUCACAGCGGUCACACUGACUGUGCCAAUCGUCCUUUUCCCGGUGCGCAGGGCCAUCCAGGAGAUGCUCUUUCCCAAUAAGACCUUCAACUGGCUUCGUCAUAUCGCCAUUGCUGUCGUCCUCCUCACCUUCAUCAACAUGCUUGUUAUCUUCGCCCCAAACAUCUUGGGCAUCUUUGGCAUCAUUGGUGCGACAUCUGCCCCCUGCCUCAUCUUCAUCUUCCCCGCUGUCUUUUACAUACGCAUCGUCCCCAAAGAUGACGAGCCCAUGCGCUCUACCCCCAAAUUAGUGGCUGCCUGUUUUGCUGGACUGGGUGUUUUGUUUAUGAUUAUGAGUUUGAGCUUUAUUAUCAUUGACUGGACAACGGGGAGCAGCAAUGCUGCUGGCGGCCACUAGGGGACAAUCUCUGAUGUGCAUUGAAGUGUUUGUAAUAAUAUGAGUGUACUCGGGAAGAGCUGAUGAUGUAUUGAGGGUUGGGCAUAUUUGUUUCUUUUUUUUUAUCUGUUUUUAGUGAUGUGGAGAAAUGUUUCCCAACCCAGUCCUCAAGAUGCACAUUUGUGUUCUGUUCUAGCUUACAGUACAACUGAACCAGGUUAUAAAACAUUGGAAGCUGGAACAAGUAAAACUAAAUGCAGACCAGCUUUACGAGGGCUGGCUUGGGAACCUCUGGUGUAGACGAUGCAAUACCCCUCCAAUGAUAAGAGAGUUAAAGGGUUCAAGUUAGCCACUUGUACAAGAAAGCAAUUUUGAAGGCUGGUGCAUCCUGACCUGUCAUACAGAAAAGCUGUCUUCUGCUUCUCUACCUUUUCAUCUUUCCUCCAGCUUUUUUUGUGAUCUACAGCCAGUUGUGUAGAUAAACACAAUCACAUCCUUUUCAGUUUUGUAGUACUGACAGCACAUGCUUUGUAAAAAUAUCACGAUUUCAAUCUUUUAUUAGGUCUUCUUUAAAAACUAGUAGGAUAUAGAAAAAUACUGCUUAGUUUUAUUUCUUAGAGACAGAAAAUUCAUUUUGUAGUGCCUUUCACUCUCAUGGCAGCGAUCACUUUCCCAUUUAGGGUUUGGGCACAAGUGAUAACACUGAAUGUAGAAGGACGUGUGGACGUGCGUGUAUAUAGACACUUUACAGUUGCUGUUGGAGAAACCGGUCUGUGGUGCACGUAUAGUCUCAAGUAGGGGUGGGAAGAUAUGAUGGUGUUUGUUAUCGUUAGUUUUGGGUGAUAUGCUGGUUUAACCUUCCUCAAGAAUGAGUUUUGUCAUAACUGUUACGCUGGUUUGCCACAAACAAAUGCAGAUUACGUGACGUACAAACAGUGCAAAUCAUGCUAACCAGAACUUUUAUAAUGAGACUAAUAUAAGACUCAGAUAUUUUAAUGGGGUGGCACACUGAUAGAAAAAAUAAUAAAAUAGUGUUACUGUAUUAAAAUGAUGUAAAAGUAUUUUUCUCCCUACGUAAUUAAAUCUGUCAUUUUCACAUAAAGAAGAUGUUACAUCAAUACAACUGUUGCUGAAAGUAAAACUAAAAGACAAAACUGUUGAUGUAACAUAUUUUAGCCAUUCAUGAGGAAAUUAUGUAUUUGAAUCAAGUAAAUUAAAUGCAUCACUUUUCAGUGCAGAACGUUACAAAAAACAUUUCAUAAAGACAGGCCAUCACCUUCAAUACAUGGAUGUAUGUAUUGAAAAAUGACUGGUUAGAAUGAUAAACAAUUAUUGCUGACUAAUUUUUGGUAGUUAACUCAUCUUACUAUUGCAUAGCCUACUUCAUAAUGUAGCUUAGGCCGUAUUCACACAUACUGCUUCUGCACGGUAAAAUAAAAAAGAAAAAUUUAAAAAAUUAAGAAAAAAAAAAAAGUCAUGAAAAUCAGCUUAAAACUUACAAACACAAUUUUUUUACAUUUAAUGUAGUUGACAAUGAAAUACUAGUUAAACAUUCUGUGCUGCAGACAGAUUUCCCAGUUGGUCCACCAAACUUUAAACUUUUGCCUAAUCAGAAGUCAGAAUGCUGUCGAGGAUAAACUAAUGUACUGUGUACUUUCAUAAAUGAUGUAUUUGUUGAGCAGAGUCACUGCUGUGACCCUUUAUCUGUCUGGAAAAAGGAAUGUGUGUAACUUUCUCGCUGCGCCGCACCGCAGCACAAACGCUGUAUGUAUGAAAGGCCAGCGUGUUCGAGCCGUAGCGCUCAUGCUGCCGCGUCGCUCACACCACUCAGAAGCAGUAUGUGUGAAUAAGGCCUUGCAUAGCAGAACUGCUGACCCUAGUGCACAUUCUGUUACCUGAGCAAAUUAGCCUAUCAUGCUGCUCAAAUGAUUAAAUGUUAAAUGCAGAAUCAUCGUACUCAUAAUUACCGCUGAUUGGUAACUACCACGAUGGCAGACUUUCACCAGAAAAUGUAAUUGAUGCUUUACUGAUUAGGAGAUGACUGAUGAUGGUUCACUGUCUCACUUUCCAUAGUUGGGAAACCCCUGGCCACCCCCCUACGCCCCUACGCCUCUGACUCUAACAUUAUCCCAUUUCUCUGAGUGGCUGAUUCAUGGGUCUGAGUAUGUGGGAGCACUUAUGAAACUAAUGACUCAAGAAAUGUGACAAAGUUGGCUUCUCAUUUGGAUUUCCUGUUCCACCUUAAAUAGUGCGGUGGUUACAUUCAGGCACCAAUACAGAUGCCAGUAUGUAACUGCUGCUGUAUUUAGGGUGGAAUGGAAAAUUCAGUCUAAAAGCUGUCCAAUAAGAAGCCAAAUUCAGCCUUGUAGAAAUACAGACGUUAAACAACAUUUAGCACCGCAGGGCUAAUGUUGAAAGCAAUAUUGACUGGUUUAUCUAUAUCUGAUCUAUAUAUGGUUUGGAUUUUUUACCUAGUUUGUGCAAUAAAAAAUAUUUUAAAAAUGUUCCUUAUUAAAAAGCGAAGGGACAUCCCAGAGGAAUAAGCCGCUGUUUACUUACAAAAAUACAUCUAAAAUGGUUUUAUUUGAAAAAAAAA